AUGGGUAAAUUUAUGGAACUAUAUAAUAUUUUGAAUCUGCCAGCAGAGGCAACAACGGCGGACAUUAAGAAAGCCUACAGGAUUUUGGCGCUGAAAUAUCAUCCCGAUAAGAAUAAUCAUUCUGAGGAAUCAAAGGCAAAGUUUUUGAAAGUAUGCUCUGCGUAUGAGAUUUUGAGCGACAACCAUAAGAGAGAAUUAUAUGACCAGUAUGGGACUACCGAUGAAAUCGCAAUUAAGCAGCAGCAGCAACAACAACAGAGAGGGUUCAUGGGAGAAUCAUCGUUCUUCAGGUCAACUGGUCCCAUGGGGAUGUCGCCUGGUGAUUUGUUUUCACAAUUUUUUGAUAACGUAUCUUCUAUGCCUAUGCCUGGAUUUGGAAGUCGUAAGAGCAAUAUGUCGGGAUGGAACGUUUCCGUACCAUCUCAAUCAUCAAGCACGAGUCGUGGUCCAGAUAUAAGGCAUUCUUUGAACUGCACAUUAUCAGCUCUUUAUUAUGGUAAAAAAACAAAACUAGGCCUUAAUAGGCGGCGCAUUUGUCAAAGUUGUGGAGGCCUUGGGGGCAUGAAAAAAAGAGAUUGUAAAAGGUGUCAGGGACAAGGUCAAAUCACGGAGACACGCAGGAUGGGGCCCAUGGUGCAGACCUGGACACAAACUUGUCCGGAUUGCGGGGGUAGUGGAUAUCUAAUGAAGAAUAGCGAUCUUUGCAAGGAUUGUCAUGGAGAAUGCUAUAUUAAAGAGCGUAAAAUAUUUGAUGUUGAGGUUAAACCGGGUAUGAACCACGGCCAAGCGAUUUUGCUUCCAGGAGAAGCUGAUGAAAUAAUAACUACAAGCUAUGGCACUGAGAAGGUUGUGCCAGGUGACGUCGUUAUAACAAUCAAUCAGGUGACAGACCAAAAAUUUCAAAGAUGUAACAAAAACGGUUGUGAUCUAGUGAUGAGACACUGUAAAAUACCACUUUUAACAAGUCUCUGCGGUGGUGAAAUUUAUAUAGAUGGACAUCCAAACAACCGACUUCUCAAGAUUUCCAUCAUUCCGGGCGAAAUCAUCAAGCCAAACUGUUUCAAAAGCGUUGAGAACAUGGGGAUGCCCAGGUAUAUCAAUCAAAAGGAUAGCCAGGGGAACAUAAUAACGGAAGGUUACGGCAACCUUUACAUUCAGUUUGAAGUCGACUUUCCAGAUAAACUCGAACCAGAGACUGUUCAGAAUCUGAUGCAGGUUCUCAAAAACGAUAAAAGUGUAAAAGAUCAAUUAACGUCACAGGAAAGUACCGUUUACGACAGGCUGGAUGAUUGCAUUGAAAUGGAAGACCACGUUUUAAGCGAUUUCGUGCCAAAUUUCAAUGACAUAAACUCUACGCAUAAAAAAUCAAAACACAACAGUGGAGACAAAUCCGGCAAUAGGAAGAGAGCUCGUGACAGCUUUGAUAGUCAACAGGAUGACCUGGAAUUCGACUCCGAUUGUAGCUCAUCUAACGACAGGGAUAAGGCUGAACCUCAGGAUUGUACUAUUCACUAA